CUCUUCUCUCUGUUCCUUCACUGACCCUUAUCCUCACCUCCUGGGUGUUAGGCCUCUCCUCUAAAACCCUUCUUCUUCGUCCUCCUCCUCUCCUCUCCUCUCCCUGAGAUUCAGAAAUGGCUUCUUCUUCAGCCACUUCAAUUUUGAAGCCCUUAUCCAAGGCAGAUUCUUGCCUUCUCUCCUUGCCUUCUCUCUUCACCUGCAGACCCCCGCACUCUUUUCUCUCUUUCCCUUCCAAAUUCACCACCGCCCCCUUCCAUCUUUCCUCUUCUCAUUGUUCUUCUCUCUUUUCCUCCUCGAAGAAGAAGACACAUCUCUCAUCGCUAGUUGCCUCUGUAGCCCAGUCUUCGGAGUGGGGCCAAGAAGACGAUACCAUCACCAUUGACCCAAAACUCAGCGGCGACGAGGAUGGCGAAGAAGGCCCUCAUUGGGAAAAUCAAGAGCUCAGUGAGAAUGAGUCUCGUAUUUCUGAUUGGGAAGGUGAAGGGGAAGGCGAAGAUGAUGGAGGAAGUGAGGGUGAAGGAGGAGGAGUUUUGGAGCUGGGAGACGAGGAAGAAGGCCCUUUGGAGGAGCCAAAUGAAGACGCUAAAUUGUAUGUUGGGAAUUUGUCAUAUGACGUUGAUAGUCAAAAGCUUGCAAUGCUGUUUGAGAAGGCUGGAACUGUCGAGAUUGCUGAGGUUAUUUACGACCGACAAUCAGAUCGGAGUCGUGGUUUCGGUUUUGUGACAAUGAGUAGUGUCGAAGAAGCUGAGAAAGCUGUGGAUACCUUCAACCGUUAUGAGUUCUUGGGGAGGCCGUUGGUUGUUAAUAAGGCUGCCGCCAGAGGUUCAAGGCCAGAACGCCAACCUCGAACAUUUCAACCAGCUUUCAGAAUCUAUGUUGGUAAUCUUGCAUGGGAAGUAGACAGUGCACGCCUGGAGCAGGUCUUCAGUGAACAUGGUAAAGUAGUAGACGCUCGGGUUCUUUACGACCGGGACAGUGGCCGUUCUCGUGGCUUUGGCUUCGUGACCAUGGCCGACGAAACUGGAAUGAAUGAUGCCAUUGCUGCUCUGGAUGGACAGAGUGUAGAUGGAAGGGCAAUCAGAGUGAAUGUUGCAGAGGAAAAACCAAGGCGCAAUUUCUGAACUGAACCAUGAUAUGAUGAAACCCAAUGCCCUUUUUCUCUUGUUUGUUCUGUGUUUCGCUUUUCUUCAUCUUUUCUUUCUAAAGUAUAGGUGAGUUUUGUAGUGCCAUUGUUUAGCCACCUUGUAAAAGUGCAAUUUGAUGUCCUUUAUGCUUUCACAAUUUCAAGUCUGUUAUUAUUCUGGAUGAUGCGAGUUACUUGUUUCAAAAGUGUUGUACCUUUUUUU